CAAAUUAAAAUAAAGCCAUUGGUAGCGAAAGGAGGUGAAAAUUAAUUAGUAAAACAAUAAGUAUCCAAAACUGCAUAAUUGACGAAGGGAAUGUUAAUAGUGAAAAUAGAGAAAAUAAUGAAUGACUCCUAAAAGAACACAGUCUUCUACUAUCAAUGACUGAAGAAAUUCAACUGAGAGAUUUGUGCGAAGGUCAAGGUACCUACGGAACUGUUGAAGACGGCAGUCAAGAUGGCGCUGAUAGAAUCAUUAUGAUCAAUAACCCUCAAACUGAGGUUUAUCGUGGAAAUAAAAUAAGCACUGCAAAGUAUAAUGUCGUCACAUUCUUGCCGAAAUUUUUAUUGGAGCAGUUUAGUCGGUAUUCAAAUAUUUUCUUCCUCUUCAUUGCCCUCUUACAGCAAAUUGAAGGUGUUUCUCCUACUGGUCGAUAUACAACUGCUGUUCCUUUACUCUUUGUUUUAUCUUGUUCUGCUGUCAAAGAAAUUAUUGAAGAUUAUAAACGUCAUAGAGCAGACGAUAAAACGAAUAAAAAAGAUGUUCGAGUGUGGAGGGAGAAUACUUAUCAAGCAGUGAAAUGGAUGGAGCUCAAAGUUGGCGAUAUUGUCAAAGUUCUUAAUGGCCAGUUUUUUCCAGCAGAUCUUAUUCUUUUAUCUUCAAGUGAGCCAAUGGGAAUGUGUUACGUUGAAACGGCGAAUCUUGAUGGUGAAACUAAUCUCAAGAUAAAACAGGCUCUUCCUCUGACUGCAAGUAUGGUUCAACCUGCUGACCUGAAAUCACUUGAGGGGCGAGUUGAUUGUGAAGGCCCAAAUAACAGAUUAUAUGAAUUUGUUGGAAACAUUACUUUGAAUGGGAGAAAAGCAGUGCCACUGAAUCCUGACCAGCUAUUACUCCGUGGUGCACAAUUAAGAAAUACACAAUGGAUAUAUGGAUUAGUAAUUUAUACUGGUCAUGAUUCCAAACUAAUGCAGAAUGCAACUGCGGCUCCUAUCAAAAGAUCAAACAUGGAUCGUGCUACAAAUAUUCAAAUUUUGUUUUUGUUCUGUCUAUUGUUGGUUAUGGCGUUUUUCAGUAGUUUAGGAUCCUAUAUUUGGACACAAAACAAUAGAACUGGAUCUUGGUACAUGGGUUAUGAAGGAAAAAAACCUCAAAGUUUCUUUUUCACCAUAAUUACGUUCAUCAUUCUCUACAAUAAUCUUAUUCCUAUCAGUUUACCCGUCACAUUAGAGAUUGUGAAGUUCAUUCAAGCUAUAUUUAUCAAUUCGGAUUGUGAAAUGUAUUAUGAUGAGAAUGACACUCCAGCCAUGGCUAGAACUUCAAAUCUUAAUGAAGAAUUGGGACAGGUGAAAUAUAUAUUUUCGGAUAAAACUGGAACUCUUACAAGAAACAUAAUGGAGUUUAGAAAAUGCACAAUAGCUGGCAUUAUGUAUGGUGGAGAUGGUGAUGCUUUUAAUGAUCCUUCUUUAUUGGACCAUCUUCGAGAACGUCAUCCAACAUCAUCCGUAAUCCGUGAAUUCUUGACUCUGUUGUCUGUUUGUCACACGGUCGUACCUGAGAGAGAUACUCAAAAUCCAGAUAAGAUCAUUUAUCAAGCCGCUUCUCCAGAUGAAGGUGCUUUGGUUGAAGGAGCAAAAUUAUUUGGAUUUUCAUUCAAUGUUCGCACACCAACUUCUGUCAUUAUAAAUGCUAUGGGACAAGAAGAAGUUUAUGAAGUUCUUAAUGUCCUCGAAUUCAACAGCACCCGCAAACGCAUGUCUGUCAUUUUGAAAACACCCGAUGGUCAAAUAAAGUUAUAUUGUAAAGGAGCUGAUACUGUAAUAUAUGAAAGACUUAGUGUUAAUCAAUUAUAUAAAGACAUUACUUUGAAGCAUUUGGAAGAAUUUGCUAAAGAUGGUUUAAGAACCUUGUGUAUAUCAAUGGCGGAAAUCUCUCAAGAUGAUUAUGAUCGUUGGAGUGAUAUAUAUUACAGUGCCAGCACGAGCCUUGAAAAUAGAGAUGAAAAAGUUGAUGAAGCUGCUGAAUUGAUCGAAAAGAAUCUGUUUCUUCUUGGAGCUACAGCAAUCGAGGAUAAAUUACAAGAGGGUGUUCCUGAUAGCAUUGCAGACUUAGCUGCCGCAAAUAUCAAAAUUUGGGUUCUCACAGGCGAUAAACAAGAAACUGCCAUCAAUAUAGGUUACUCGUGUAGACUUCUUACUGAAGACAUGUCUUUACUUGUAUGUAAAGAAUGUGAUCUUGGUGGGACAAAACGUUGGUUGGACGAUGUAAUAAAGAAGCAUGGGAUCAAGAAUAAACGCAAGAAGACGAUAAAUAAAGACGAGCAGGAGGAGCGUCUAGCUUUCAUUGUGACUGGUCAGACACUGAACUAUGCCUUGGAAGAAGAACUGAAAUACAAUUUUUUGGAUUUGGCGCUAUCCUGUAAAGCAGUUGUUUGUUGCAGGGUAUCCCCGUUACAAAAAUCUAAAGUUGUGCGUCUUGUAAAAGCCCAAGUUAAGAACUCCAUAACAUUAGCGAUUGGUGAUGGUGCAAAUGAUGUUGGUAUGAUUCAGGCUGCUCAUGUUGGUGUUGGUAUCAAUGGUCAGGAGGGACUACAGGCAGCUAGUGCAUCUGAUUAUGCUAUUGCUCAGUUUCGUUUUUUGAACAAACUCUUGCUGGUGCAUGGCUCAUGGAGUUAUCAGCGUCUUAGCAAACUAAUCUUGUACUCCUUCUAUAAGAAUGUUUGUUUAUACGUUAUUGAGCUUUGGUUUGCCAUCGUAAAUGGAUUCUCCGGUCAAAUAUUAUUUGAUAAAUGGUGUAUUGGAAUAUAUAAUGUGGCUUUUACUGCUUUUCCACCGUUGGCGAUUGGAUUAUUUGACAAAACAGUGUCAUCAGAAAGCUUGCAAAAAUUUCCUCAGUUAUAUAAACCGUCUCAGAAUGCAGAAUACUUUAAUACAAAGGUGUUUUGGUUAUGGAUCUUUGCAGCUAUUGUUCAUUCGUUGUUUUUAUUUUAUCUUCCUUCAUUAGCUCUGAAUAAUGAUGUUCCAUUUCAAGAAGGUUUAGUGGUUGGUAAUUGGUUUGUUGGCAACAUUGUUUACACGCUUGUUGUGGUAACUGUUUGUCUAAAAGCAGCUUUAGAACUAGAUUCAUGGAAUUGGCUUUGUCAUAUUGCUAUCUGGGGAAGCAUUCUUAGUUGGUUUAUAUUUUUACUGAUAUAUUGUCAACCAUUUCUGGCAGAGUAUCUUGCUCCUCAUAUGAUUGGCCAGGAACAAAUGGUUUACACCUGUCCAGCAUUUUGGUUUAUGCUUAUUCUCAUACCCGUUAUAACAUUGUUUUUUGAUUUUUGUUACAAACUGUUCCACAGAAUAUUUUUCAAAACAUUAGUUCAAGAAAUUCAAGAAAUCGAAGAACGAAAGAACGAUCCUCAAUCUUCUCUUGGUCUGUCUACACCUACAAUAUACAGGUCAACGUUCCGCUCAAAGAGUUUCAAGACUCAACAUGGUUAUGCGUUCUCUCAAGAAGAAAGUGCUUCCAUUAGUCAGGCGCAGCUAAUCAGGCGAUACGAUACGAAUCUUAGAAAGCCGGGAGGUGGAGAGUAGUGAAAGAAUGCUCGUAUGUUGAGGUGAAGUGUGAUCGUUGGCCAUAUAUCUUUAAAAUAUUUUUGAUGUAAUUUAUAAAAUUAAAGUCUCCUCUAUUAAAUAAAACCAUCAUGUUAAAAUACUUAAUGGAAUAGAGACGCAGACUUGAAAUUUUAAAUAAUAUUUAUUGCAUCCUGAUAGUUAACUUGAAUAUACUAAUUUAGACUAAUUUAGACACUAUAGUAAAUUGUAAAUUCGUAAAUUAAUGUUACUGUUGGAGAGAGAGUGGUCUGCUAAAGUCAUUAAUUAAAUUUUUUUCAACAUAAA